AUGGCGAUUGGAAGUGUAAUCUGUGGAGCUAAUACUCCGAGAAUCAAAACAAAGAAGGCAAAGACUACAGAAAGAAGUUGGAUCGAAGCUACCUUUCAAAAAAGGGAAUGUACAAAAUUCAUUCCAAGUGCAAAGGACGAGCACCGGUUAGAGGAGAUAAAGGAGGAUAAGAACGCAGAGUACGACGUGAUCACUUCGUCAAGGUGCUGUUGUGGUCACUCUUACACUCAUCAUUGCGGCACCGGUGCUGAUGUCCAGAGUUUUGCCACUGGUUCCGCUGCAGAAAUCGAAAGAGAUGAAUGGAGCCCUGGAAAAAAUACAAAGCCCUGUCCUACUGAUGCUUACGGAACUAUUGAAUUUCAGGGUUUACCUCAUCCGACCAAGGCCCAGUAUGUUAGAUUAGCCCAUGAUACAAAACCAGAGCCAAUUGUUCAACUACUAUGUCGUGAAUGGAAUCUGGGACUACCAAAGCUUCUUAUAACUGUGCAUGGUGGCCGCUCUAAUUUUGAAUUACAACCUACUUUGAAGAAAGUUUUACGAAAGGGUUUGUUAAAGGCUGCAAAGACAACUGGAGCAUGGAUAUUCACGGGUGGAACGAACACAGGUGUGACAAGACAAGUUGGAGAUGCUCUACUAUUAGAAAGAUCUCAAAGACAAGGUCGAGUAGUUAGUAUAGGCAUUGCACCAUGGGGAAUAUUAGAGAAGAGUCACGAGCUUAUUGGACGUGGAAGAGAAAUUCCAUACGAUUCACUCGCGUCCCCUUGGUCAAAAUUUGCCGUCUUAAACAACCGGCAUGCCUAUUUUUUAUUAGUUGAUAAUGGAACUGGUGGUCGAUAUGGUGCUGAAAUUGUACUUAGAAGAAAGCUUGAAAAACACAUAUCAAAUCUGAAACUUCAGCCUUAUACGCACAGCAGUAUACCAGUGGUAGCAUUAGUAAUUGAAGGUGGAACAAAUACAAUACGAUCCGUGUUGGAGUACGUAACGGACGAGCCACCCGUACCCGUAGUUGUAUGCGAUGGUUCUGGUCGAGCUGCUGAUCUCAUUGCCUUUAUGCACAAAUAUGCAUCUGAAAACGAAUCCGAAGAAGAAGAAGGACCCCUUGAAAGUAUGCGUGACCAUUUAUUAGACACGAUAAAAAGAACGUUUAAAGUAUCUUCAGAACAGGCCAAUCAACUCUAUUUAGAAUUGCUUCAGUGUGUACGAAAAAAGCACUUGAUAACAGUUUUUAGGAUAUCCCAAGAUACGCCCCAGGAAUUGGACCAAACUAUUCUGACGGCUUUGUUUAAAUCACAACAGUUAACACCAGCUGAGCAACUUUCACUUGCUCUCAUUUGGAACCGCGUCGACAUUGCACGCAGCGAGAUCUUCGUCUACGGACAAAAAUGGCCUCCUGGUGCUCUCGAGCAGUCAAUGAUGCAAGCUUUACAACACGACCGCAUUGACUUUGUUAAGUUACUCUUAGAAAAUGGAGUCUCGAUGCGCAAGUUUUUGUCCAUUCCAAGAUUGGAGGAGCUUUAUAACACGAAAGAAGGACCAUCAAAUACACUGGGGUAUAUACUGCGGGAUGUCCGACCGCACAUUCCUCGUGGCUACAUGUAUACGCUGCAUGAUAUUGGCCUAGUAAUCAAUAAGCUUAUGGGUGGUGCAUACCGCUCGCAGUACACUCGCAAAGAAUUCAGAUUCCUAUACACACGCGUUAUGAAACGCUCAGGUGGUUUUCAACAACACCCCCACCGUAACAGCUGUGCCUUGGGCCUCAACAGCCGCUCGUUUUCUAGCUCUGGGGGUAAAUCCACGAUGAGUCUGCUCGCCGAAACGAUUCCUGCGACUCAAGAAACUGCCUUAUUUGAUUACCCUUUUAACGAGUUGCUUAUAUGGUCAGUUCUGACUAAAAGGCAGCAAAUGGCCUUGCUGAUGUGGCAACAUGGCGAGGAAGCUUUGGCGAAAGCUCUCGUAGCUCUGAAACUAUACAAGGCUAUGGCUCACGAGGCUGCAGAAGAUGACCUGGAGACUGAAGUUUACGACGAGCUCAAGGGCUAUGGCAAGGAAUUCGAGAAUAUUGCAUUAGAACUAUUGGAUUUCUGUUACCGCCAAGAUGAUGAUCAAACGCAGCAGUUAUUGACUUCAGAACUGAAAAAUUGGUCAGGUCAAACGUGUCUUUCCCUAGCUGUGACAGCAAACCAUCGGGCUCUACUAGCACAUCCGUGUAGUCAGAUUAUUCUAGCCGAUCUCUGGAUGGGUGGUCUUCGCACUCGAAAAAGCACUAACUUUAAGGUGGUUUUGGGCUUAUUUUGUCCAAUUUAUAUCAUUCAACUCGAAUUCAAGAGUCGAGAGGAAUUACAGUUGAUGCCACAAACAGCUGAAGAGCAUUUGAUUGGACUUGAAGAUGAGAAUGAGGACAGCGAUUCGGAUCAUGGUGCACCAACGGGACCUGACGUUGAGGCAUUGAUUGGCAACGACCACGGCAGUACCAUACCAAAAGAGACAAUUGUACACGAAAAUGGCAAGGUACUCACUGAUAACGACGAUAGUAAUCAUCGAGCUUAUGGCAUUCUAUCUGAUUACUAUGACAAUAAAAACAGCAAGCCACUAAAGUUGAAAAAGAAACUGUAUGAGUUUUACACGGCCCCGAUCACUAAAUUCUGGGCCAAUGCCAUAGCGUACGUGAUCUUCUUGCUGCUAUUCUCGUACUCUAUUCUUGUGCGUAUGGACGACGUACCCUCAUGGCCUGAGAUAUACUCAAUAGCUUACAUCCUGACGAUGGGCUGCGAAAAGGUUCGAGAGAUAGCAACUUCCGAGCCCGUGGCACUCUCACACAAGUUUAGUGUCUGGGCUUGGAAUAUGUGGAACCCUUGCGAUGCUGCAGCCAUUAUAUUCUUUAUCAUCGGCCUUGUGCUCAGGGUCAGACCUUCAACGUUUGAUGUCGGACGAACAAUUUAUUGUGUUGACUGCAUGUACUGGUACCUCAGGAUGCUCAACAUUCUUGGAGUCAACAAGUAUCUUGGUCCAUUGGUUAACAUGAUGGGAAAAAUGGUGAAAAAUAUGAUAUACUUUGUGGUGCUGUUACUCGUAGUAUUAAUGAGUUUUGGCGUCGCCCGACAAGCUAUACACACUCCAGGACAUGAACCAAGUUGGAAAAUUAUAAGAGAUGUGUUUAUGGAGCCAUACUUCAUGCUGUAUGGUGAGGUAUACGCAGAUCGUAUCGAUCCUGAUUGUGGACAGAAUCCGGGCAUGGCCCCCUGCGUUCCUGGACGUUGGAUUACACCUUUUGCCAUGGCCAUCUACCUAUUGGUGGCCAAUAUCCUCCUUAUUAAUCUGCUAAUAGCAGUGUUCAAUAACAUUUUUAUCGAAGUUAACGCGAUUGCUCAUCAAGUAUGGAUGUUCCAGCGUUUCACUGUAGUCAUGGAGUACGAGCAAAAGCCCGUACUUCCACCACCCUUUAUAUUAAUUUCCCAUAUUUAUUUGGUGCUUAGAUACUUACUGAGGUACAUCACACAAGGCCGUAUGCAAUCUGGGGAAACCUGUGAUAACGGCCUCAAGCUUUUUCUUGAAGCUGAUGAUAAAGAGCGGUUAUAUGAUUUUGAGGAAGACUGUGUCGAGGGCUAUUUUCGUGAGCAAGAGCUCAAGCUUCAGAUGUCGACUGAAGAGAGAAUUAAACUUACUACUGAGCGCGUCGAGAAUAUGAACCAGAAAAUUGAGGACAUUGAAAAAAAAGAAAGCAACCAGACCACUUCUCUUCAGACAGUAGAGUUUCGCAUCCGAAAGCUCGAAGAGCUUAACGAGCAAACUCUGGCGCACUUGGGUGUGAUACACCGUUUUAUGGCAACGUACAUACCAAGUUCUAGCGGUGGUGCUGGAAGUGGUGGAAGUGGUGGUCCACUUAAUGAGAACAGCAGCAGCACCGAGGCUAUUCGCCACCUGGACGUUGACAGUAUCAUACGGCCAAGGCGUGUGUCUGAACGCUCCGAGGCAUAUUUAUCCGAGACAGAGUCACACUCUCAGUUUCCAUCGAUCCCACAAAGGCGCAAAAAACUUCUGCGCGCCAUUACUGAUGCAGCCUACCUUAACUUGGCGGCUCAGCAACAGCAGUACCAGCAGCACUCGCACCAGUCACUCGAGCAUGACGUGACCACAGCUCUAAAGCACGCUGCAGAAGCCGUUGCUGUGACUAGAGAGAAUCUCAGUAGAAACGACUCAUCGGUCAGCAAUGAUCUCCAUACACUGCAAGAUGAGUCUCAAGAGAAUACGAGUCACGAGGAAAGCGAUGUGAGCAAAGUCGUUGGCGAACUAAAAGAAUGCAAAGCUGAAAAGUCAGAUGAGCGAGACACUUCAGGUGACGUGACAAUGACUUCGGGCUCACGGCAAGACUCGGCAGAAAAGUCCAGCCAGCAAAACAGUCGCACGCGUUCAGAGUCCCUGGCUGAUGAUGCAGCUGCAGCCGUAGCCUCUAUUGCUGCCAGCGUCUCAGGGAUGGUGGUGCCUUCAACAAGUUUUCAGCGAGGCGUUACGUGGGCUGAGCCUCGGGUUUCCGUCAUACAGUCAUCGGGCUCGAACAACUCUCGCUCACUUUUAUUGGCUAUGCGUGCUGAGUACACAAGUAUCACCGAUGAACUCGAGAGCUACUGUGGCCUCCUCAGUCCUCCCAGAACUCCGCCGGUAUCACCUCCACCAUGCCGGGUCAGAAGCAUUUCCGAAAGAAGUAACCAUAACCCCGUAGAGAUCGCCUGGCAGAUCGAGAAUGAGCACUUACGAGAUGCUGAAGAGUGUGACUAUCACCAGAUGGAGGAUCUUAUUCAAAGAAGGUAUCAUCUGAGUGACGAUGAGGGUAGUGAUCAGGAAGAAGCCAUGGGUCCCGCCUCAAGCAACUUCUUCAUCAGCAGCGAGCAUCACCCACGUUUGCGCCGAACCUCGGCUAUAGACGACGAUACAUCGUCAACUACACGCCGUCGGUGCUAUCGAGCUCCACCAAUGAUAAACGUCACACGGGAGAUCGAGCAAACACUUGCAAGACCAGCUGCAACCCGCGACUCUGCUGAAUCAGAUCCCAACGAGAAAAGUGGCGUUCCAGCUCCUGCCUCUGAGACUAUGUGUUGAAUCCAAGUUUACUUGUCUUAAAGGUUUAAGUGAGUACGAGUACUUUGAUUAAAGAAAUGUAUAUAUGUAUAUUUCUGUAAGAGUGUAUUCCUAUCGUGGUGGCAGUGGUAGCACUACUGUGCCUAGGUAAUAAUGGCGUCUUUUACGUGUAUAACUAUACUUAAAUGUUCGGGCCGUCUACUUAUUUAAUAAGGCACGUCUAUACCAUUUUACAGUUAAAUAUCUUGCGAUACUGUAAUAAGCGUUAAUUACUGCCACCUGAACAAAUCUUUACGCGCAUGUAUAUUUUGCGUUGUUACUUAACAAGCGUUUAUUAUGUAGUAACAAAAUACUGCUAAAGAAGAAUUACAAAUUUCAAGUUCCUUAUCUUUACUGUAUAUAGAACCACUAAAGUUUUCUAAAGUUAUCUAAGAAACUUAUUAACUACAUAUUUUGUACCAAAAUUAAUUUUGUCUGCUUAGUUUUGCGUAAAUCUAUAGCGCAAAAUUACACUUGCGAUGGCUUGAUUUAUUAUUUUUUGAUAUUUACAAUACUUUUUAAAUCUUAUACAACUGUUAAUUUUAUUU